AAUAGAAAAGAAAAUUAAUGAAAUGCGCAGACGAUAUAUAAUAAAUUGACGUAUCGAUACGAGUAUUAAUAUAUCGAGCAGUGAACAACUAAGAAGCUGAAAGAUGCAGCGCUUGGGAGUUCAGACUAUCCGUACUAGCAGAAUCCUUUUGGGCAGUAGAUUGUACACCACAGUACCUGCCCAAGAACAAAUGGUAUCUGCUGCCUUCAAGAUCCAGGAUCACAAAGAUUUCCAUGAGCGCGUGAUGAACUCCAAAGUGCCUGUUAUCGUAGACUUUUUUGCCACAUGGUGUAAUCCAUGUCGCAUGCUGACCCCAAGAAUAGAAACGGUUGUUGCCGAAAAACAGGGAAAGAUACUGUUAGCCAAAGUUGAUAUUGACGAGCAUACAGACCUCGCUCUAGAUUAUCAUGUCGGAUCGGUGCCCGUCCUCAUUGCUAUGAAGGAUGGCAAGGUUCUAGAGAGAAUAGUCGGUCUUCAAGAUACCGACAAACUCAGACAAUUUGUUAACAAGUAUGCGGAGUAACGUAACUAAAAAUUAUUAUGUAAAUUAUCUCUAAUGUUGCAGUUCUUGUUAAUCUUUGUAUAGAGAAUUUUUACAUGAUGCUUCGAAAUCUGCAAUUAUGUUUAUAGUACAUUCUUCUUAGCUAUAUAAUAAAUGUGUAAUAUUGUGCGAAACAAAUUUUGAUUUCUCUCGAUAAUGCAGGUUAAAUAAAAUGUUCU